CAAAGUUUCUGAGUAUGAGAAAGAUCACUGGCCCUUUAAGAAAGAGAAAACAGCCAUUUUAACAUAACGUAUUUUUAAAAUAGGUAUACUUUUCAUAUUUAUACGAAGAAAAGGCGAGUCAUGAUGAUGUAUACUACAGGACUAAACCCAUUUUAUGCUUCUAAUUUCAGUCUGUGGUCUGCGUAUUGCUCCAGCGGCUUUGCCUUGGAUUCAGUAAAGAAACCUUCGUUUUGCAUCGCUGAUAUAUUGCAUGUUGGAGACUCUGAAAACCUUCCUGGAUCUUCAGCACUUGUAGCUCAUUUGGGACCCCGUCAUCAGCUCCAGCCUUCAAGAUCACCUCUGCGCCCAUCUCCAGUGGCACCAGAGUCUUCUGUUUUUAGUUCAAGGAUGUCUCCAGCCUCUCCUUACCACAGACACCCAGGACUUCAGGGAGCACCCUCCGUAUCCAGAGUGCCGUUAAACGGUUCUUCACAACAAGCUCCAGCGCCUUCUAGCAAAGAUCUGAAAUUUGGCAUUGAUCGCAUUUUGUCUUCGGAAUUUGAUCCUAAAGUUAAAGAAUGCACAACUCUAAGAGAUUUUACAUCCAUUAGCUCACAUCGUCAGUCAGGGCUUCACCUGUCCAUACAGCCUUCAGCAAGCCAAUUCUUCGCGUCUUUAGAGCCUGGAAUCGGCGAACCUUCCUCCAUCAUGAACCAUUUAGGCAGCGGAGCCAGAUAUUCAGCUCAACACCAGUUUCAAGACACGUUCCCAGGUCCAUAUGCGGUUCUUACUAAAGACACAAUGCCACAGACAUACAAGAGGAAACGGUCGUGGUCCAGGGCUGUCUUCUCCAAUCUCCAGAGAAAAGGAUUAGAGAAAAGAUUUGAAAUCCAGAAGUAUGUCACCAAACCAGACAGAAAACAACUAGCAGCGAUGCUGGGCCUAACAGACGCUCAAGUUAAAGUGUGGUUUCAGAACAGGAGAAUGAAGUGGAGGCAUUCCAAGGAAGCUCAGGCUCAAAAAGAGAAGGAAACUCCUGAGCAGCCCGAGAAGUCCCCAGUGUCUGCCACCUUGGAGUCGGAACAGAAGCAGAACGGAUCUGAGUGCGAGAGUGAUGGGAGCGACCCUGAGUUUGAGGACAUGCCUGACAAAAGUGACACUGAAGUCACAGAAGACAACAAGACCAGUGUUAUCAAGUCUCCUUCGAGUACUGAUGAGGCAACACAGACCACAGAGGCCAGUACAGAGACGACGGCACGACCCUCAUCGCAAAUGUUAUUAUAAGUGCACCUUUUUAAAGACACUAUGUAUAACAAGAAUAAUUUAAUAUAAAUAUAUUCCCAUGUACAGUCAACUAUUAAAUAAUAAUAAUAAUAAUAAACACUGCCUUGGACUUUAAAAUGGAAGUUCGUUUAAAGGGAAACAGGAAAUGAAGAUUUUUUGAGAAGUAAGAUAUUUCUAAAGAAGAAAUGGACAUGGCAUUGCAAUUAACCUUUAAUCAUAUACAUGCUUGUGUAGAUGUCAAUUGGAUUAAAACCAGUAACAAAAUAUCCUAAAAUUACUGUUUUACAACAUAUUUUAUUUGAGCCACUUCUGCCAAUGUAAUAGGGCCACUGAAGUCCACAUGUUGCUGAAAAUGUGAAGUCUUUUACAGAACAUCCAAUAUUUAAUAACUUUUGCUUAGAUCGUAUUUGUCAAGAAAUUUUGCACUGAAAGUAAUGUAAAUAAAUGGUUUCUUAUUGUUUUGUUCCUGA